CGCCCCCCCGCCGACUCGCGACGCGGAUGGGACGGCGGAGGACCCAGCGAGCAUGCGCGACCAUCCCGAGCAUGCUCAGUAGCGCUUGCGGGGCCCCGGACCUUCGGCCCAGAGCUGCGGCCGACGCGGAGGUUUCGGCGGCUUCUGUGGCGGUGACGGGAAGUGAGGUGGUGCGGCUGGACGACCGCGGCGGCACAAACAGAGGCGGAAGGGUCGCUGCGGCGACGACGUCGUCGACCCGGGUGACCGAGGGGGCUGAGCGCCGAGGGCACUCGCCCGCUCGGAAGCCGGAUCCCGAGCCGGGCAGGAUGGAUCAUCACCAGCCGGGGACUGGCCGCUACCAGGUGCUUCACAAUGAAGAGGAUAAUUCAGAAUCAUCUGCUGUAGAGCAGCCGUCAACUUCAAACCCAACACCACAAAAUGUGCAGGCUGCUCCUUCAGUAUCUGGACUUGAGACUGACUCUUCUCCUCCACCUUAUAGCAGUAUUACUGUGGAAGUACCUACAACUUCAGAUACAGAAGUUUACAGUGAGUUUUAUCCUGUGCCACCUCCUUACAGUGUUGCUACCUCUCUUCCUACGUAUGAUGAAGCUGAGAAGGCCAAAGCUGCUGCAAUGGCAGCUGCAGCAGCAGAAACAUCUCAAAGAAUUCAAGAGGAAGAGUGUCCAACAAGAGAUGACUUCAGUGACGCAGACCAGCUCAGAGUGGGUAAUGAUGGGAUUUUCAUGCUGGCGUUUUUCAUGGCAUUUAUUUUCAACUGGCUUGGAUUUUGUUUAUCCUUCUGUAUCACCAAUACCAUAGCUGGAAGGUAUGGUGCCAUCUGUGGAUUCGGCCUUUCAUUGAUCAAAUGGAUCCUUAUUGUCAGGUUUUCUGAUUAUUUUACUGGAUAUUUCAAUGGACAGUAUUGGCUUUGGUGGAUAUUUCUUGUACUUGGCCUGCUUCUUUUCUUCAGAGGAUUUGUUAAUUAUCUAAAAGUCAGAAACAUGUCUGAAAGCAUGGCAGCUGCUCAUAGAACAAGAUAUUUCUUCUUAUUAUAGAGACUGCAUCGACCAGACAUUCCUUUCUUGUAUCAAUGUGAAAUUUCCAGAUCGUCUGUAAACCUGCAACUUUAAUAAGAUAGAAGACUACUAAAAGCAGAAGACAAAUUAGUGAGGAAAAGAUAGAGCUUCAUAACUGAAUGGCAGAGUGGUUUAUGCUUAAAAGCCAUUUCUGUUCAUUCUCUUAAAUAUUUAUAUUUCAUUUGUUUUGCACAGUUGCAUAUGUGCCCAUUUAAAAGAUUUGGGUAUACUUGAAAGAAACCAUAAAGUGGUAGCAGUAAAGUGCAGUCACAUUUGAUUAAUCAGUGUUUGAUAUAAUUGAAAGAGUUGAAUGAUAAACAGUCUUCCAGCGUGUAAAUGCCAUUGACUUCUGACCUGACAUUUAACAUAAUAAAAAUGAAACUAUUAACCAUGUCAAAUACUUUAGUUUCUGGCUUUUAGAUUUAUCUAGUAACUCUACACUUGAAACAUCCUUUGUUAUAUAUAAAGUUUUUUGAAACCUGCAGUGCUGAUUAUUAGGCUUUGUCAGAUUGUUGAACCAAUAUUUACAUCAUUAUUUAGCAAAACUUUCUGUAAGUAACCAUGCAUAAAUUACUUUCUGCAUCUUUUUCUUAGAAAUUAUGUCUAGAUAGAUAUCUCUUCAUUCAUUUUAAAUUAAGUGAACUUAAUAUAUAUAGAAAAUUUGGGUGUUAAAGAUAGUUUUAGGACAAAUUUUAAGAAAAUGUGGGUAUGCCACAUGUCCUUUAUAAGAAAAUCUUUUUUUUUUUUUUUUUAGAGGGACUUGACAGUUUUAGGGUUUCUCAAAUGAGAAGUUUGGUUUUUAGCAUUGUUCAUCUUAGAGAUUCUUGCAGGAAGAGAUUGUAUUAGAUAGUAUAUUUAUUUCAUUUAAGACAUUUUUGAAAAUUAAUUUUCUGAAUAAGAUACUCUCAUUUGCAUUUUGUCUUUUAAAAAGCCAAUAAAAAGUAUCUUUAAAUAUCAUUGUAAUAUUUUUUCCUUUAGAUGUUUAGUUUAAUUUAGCAAAUAAAAACUUGUGCUUUUAAUAGCUUCUUGCUUUCUGAUUGUAGGAUUAACUUGUAAAAAUCAUUUCCUGAGUUGAGAUAUGUGAAAUAUCUGUUUUCAAGUUAUGGAAAUGUGUCUGUGGAAUAUAGGGGUGUGAGUGUGUUGCGAGAGUGUGUGUGAAUAUUAUUACAACUGGAAUCUAUUUUACAUUCAUAAGCUACUACAUUUUACAAAUCAUUUUAUGUCUCAUCUGUUUUCUCUUCAGUUAUAUCUUUGCUUUUGAAAUGCAACAUUAAAAAUGAUGGGAAUUAUCUUGUAAACUUAAAAAUCAGUUGAUACAGCUAUAUAGAACAUAUGAAAUAUAUUGCUUGUUUAUUAUUAGACACUGACUACUAAAAGAUACAUCUAAAACUAUUCAGGGUCAUUUUUCCAUUUCUGAAAAAAUAAAAUUUAUUACGCUUUAUAACUUUUUUUGUAUUUCUCUGUAUUUUCUGAUUUAUUUCAUUGUCUUUGAUAAAUAAAACAUGUUUUGUUUUGCUAA